CAGGCUUCUUUUUGUGUUUCGAAGCCUAGUUAGUGGUAUGGGUGGCCAGAGAUCGGAAAUCGGAGACGGAGUGCUUCCAGUUAAAGUUCUUGAUUCUCUCAGAGAAACCCUUGGCUGCGUCGAUGAGUUGAAGGGGAAUCUCGAGCGCUUUCUGCUCUUGGCUGAGCCUGACGUGCUCGCGGAGCUGACGCCUCUCCAGCGAGCGCGAGCUUUCCUUGUUAUGGCAAUUUCGGCUUCGGCUCUCUUUUCAGCUAGAUUGAGGUGUAGUGGAAUUUGCUCGGAUGAACACCCUAUCAGAACUGAGCUUGAGAGGUUGAGUUUACAUGAAGAUAAGUUGAGCAAGUAUAACGACUGGAACAAAGCCCCAUUGCGGCCAUCACUGAAGCUAAAUCCUCAAGCAGCUACCAGAUUCAUUGAGCAUUCUUUACCUGAUUUGGCACCAGACCAGAGGAAGAGUCUCCAUAAUAUUAGUACAGGCAAGGGUGACCGAACUCCUUUCAUGACAAACAGAGCGAAGAAGAAAACGAAAUACCAAUCUUUUGAGCGGCAGUCUGCGCGUGCUGCUGCGCAGGAGUUUCUUGAGAAGGCAGCAAGGGAGCUCUUUGGCUCAAACGAUUCCAGCGUGAAGGGUCCGUUGCAGAACCUUGAAUCAGAUGAUGAAGACGAUGAAUAAAUGCUUUGUUUUUUUCUAUCUAUUUAUUUGCUUACUUUAGAUAAAUUUUGCUUUUUUCUAUAUAUUUGUGUCUAAA